UCCCCCUCGACAAUUAGGUAAUGUCCAUGCAUGUAACUUGACUCUCGCUAUUAGCGAUGCGUAAACAUAUCGAAACACUUACGUACUCGAGCAGAUACACGUAUGUCGCGCAAUUUAUUCAUCCACGGCAGGAAUCGAAGCGAGCUGCGAAGGCCGCGAUGCACGGAAGACGCCAGGAUAAGCGGGCGAUGAGCAAAUCCGGCAAAUGUCGUUGAGAACGCAGAAGAUUACGAUUUUAAUCCUUUCUCUAUCUUGGGUAUUUCGUAUCCGAAAGAUUCUUGUUCGUAGAAGUUUCUCGCAAGUUCGACGGAUUACUAAAUUAUAUACACUCGAUGAUUUUCUAAAACGAAGUUUCAACAUUUAUUCGAGAAAGCUCUAGCAAAUUCUGGAAAGCUGAAAGUAUGCUAGUAGACUUUCACAGAUUUUUUAAAUCGUUCUAAAUAAGUGAAAAAGAUGAACAGAUUCGAGAUAUUCAGGAUCGCACCUACGUUCUCCCGUUGCAGAUUUCAGAAAGUUCAGUUUAUCGUGUCGUGAUUUUCACGGGCGACAAUUAUUUCCUUUGACGAUUUGCGCUUCGCAUUUUUUGCCGCAGGCGACAAUAUCGUCUUUUCUAAAUUCGAAUGGAGUGUGAACAGUGGUCGAACGAUAGCAUUUUUUAUUAGGCGACACCGAGGUGAAGUGUGCUGCUGCCCGCUCGCUCGAGUCGCGGGGCGCGAAUGGUAAUGCGGUGACCAUGCCGACAGUGCACAUCACGCGCGCAAGAUUAUACACGUCGUCAUCGUUAGCAAGCAACAAAGGGUAGAGCCGAUUGUUUAUUCCUUUCGUACGUUUCGCGGAAUCACGAGUCGCAUGGGUGGCUAUAACCGAUCGACGGAAGUGUGCGAAGUAUCGCGUAAUCAUCUACCAUCAUUUUCGACGAUUGGCAUAACCGACGUGUUUCCGCGAGACUCGCGAAUGUGUACCUAACCAAAAAGCUGAAGUGCCGGGCCUGAGGCUUCACGAAUUAUUUAAUUGUCGAGGGGGAACCGCAUCACAAGAGGCAGUACCGCGACAGGCAUACGCGGAGUGAAGUGCGUUGCUGGUCACUUGCUCGAGUCGCGGGGUGCGAGUGGUAGCACGGAGACCUUUCCGACGGUGUGCGUCGCGCGUGUAAGGUUACUCGCGCCGUCGGCCGGUAGUAAACAACGGAGGGCAGAGCGGAUCGUUCAUUCUUUUUCGUACGUUUCGAGGAUUGUGUGUCGUGUGCGUGGCUACCACUAUCGGCAGAGGUGUCGUGCGAAGCAUCGCGUAAUCUCUCUCUCUCUCUCUUCUUUCUCUCUCUCACACUCAUUUUCGACGAUUGGCAUAACUGAUGCGUUCCGCGAGAACCUCGAGUAUGCACCUAACCAAGAAGCUUGAAGUGCGGAAGAACGGAGGAUUUACGAAUUACUUAAUUGUCGAAUGGGGGACCGCGUCAUAAGAGGCAAUACCGCGACGGGCACACGCGGAGUGAAACGCGCCGCAGUCGCGGGAUGCGAGUGAUGGUACGGUGAUUUUUCCGACGGCACGAGUCGCGCGUGCUAGGUUACUCGCGCCGUCGGCCGGUAGCAAGCAAGGGAGGGCAGAGCGGAUCGUUCGUUGUUUCCAUACGUUUCGCGGAAUCGCGUGUCGUGUACGUGGCUACAAUUGACCGGCGGAGGUGUCGUGUGAAGCAUCGUGUAAUCGUCUUUCCAUCAUUUUCGACAAUUGGCAUAACCGACGCGUUCCCGCGAGAGCCGCGAGUGUAAAUCUAAGCAAAAAGCCUGAAGUGCCGGGCGGAGGCUUUAUCAGUUGCUUAAUUGUCGAGAAGGAACCGCGUCAUGAGAGGCAGUAUCGCGACAGGCAUAUGCAGAGUGAAGUGCGCCGCUGAUCGCUUGCUCGAGUCGCAGGAUGCGAGUGAUAACCUCGUUCGCCGACGGAACGCAUCGCGCGCGCAAAGUUACGUGUCCCGUCUGCCGUUAUCGAGCAACGAAGGGAUUAUUCGUUCCUUUCGUACGUUUCGCGGAAUCACGCGUCGUAUAUGCAUAGCUAUAACUGAUCGGCGGGAGUGUCGUGCGAGGUAUCGCAUAAUUGUUUCCAUCAUUUUCGAUGAUUGGCGUAAUAGACGCGUUCCCGCGAGUGUGAACCUAACCAAGAAACCUAUAGUGCCGGGUGAAAGCUUGGGGGAUCGGCGUCAAACGACGGUGGAGCUGCGCCACCGUCAGAUUGACGCAGUGGACCUCGACGACCUCGACGUAGUAGUACCCCAGGGUCUGGAAGCCGAAGCUAACGUACCCAUCGCGUCGUCAAUUUAACUGAAUAAACGAACCGCAGCCGGUUCGUCGCGUUGUGCGCUAUGUUCAGGAAUGCCGUAGAUAAUCGGACUAAAGGACCGAUUUUUUUAAAGCCCAUUUGUUCUAUAUUCUCAUUCGUGCCGGUGGCCGUUACAUUUCCGAUGUACUGUUGAGAUUGAAGUGUUUUCGUUGACUCGAAGUGCAGACUCGUUUCCAUAGAACUGGAUAUCAUGGGCUUCAUGAACGGGAAUGUACAGGUGUACAGUUUCGCUCCAAAGACAUUUAGUGAUAAUUAGUCCGCGUGUGUAAUUACCCGUGAUGUUUCGCGAGUGUUGUGCAACUUGAAGAGAAGACCUGACAACCUGAGAGGAGGAGGAGGCUUGGGAAAAGCGUCGGGCGCCAGCGGAGCAACAUUGCGGUAAUUAUUU